AUGCAGUUCGCGGACUUUUACGUGGAUCCCUCGGCGGUGUCGCCCGCUGAGGCAGUGAGCCUUGCCGAAGAGAUGGCUGCGGAUUUCUACAGUGAGGUAUCUAUCAUGUACGAUAUGCUUUCGGACAUUAAGACGCCCACCGCUGAGGGCCGCGCUGUGGACGAGCUUAUGCGCCGCCUGCAAAAUGUUUUUAGCGUCGACGACGACGGACGUGCCGGUGGCAACCUGUCGACUCAGGUUGCCAACGUUCGCGGACUCUACAACGGACUCAUCCGCGUGUUUAUCUUCCUGUACCAGCGAUACUAUCGCGCUUUCGUAGUGCUGGAGGUGAGCGAACUUCUGGCUGCAAGCUGGCAGCGUUUGCUUGCUUUCGUGAUCGAGUACCGCAUUCUGGACGAAGUGUUCGUCCGCAAGGUGUACGACCACGUCGCCCAGAUCGUCCGCUCCUCGUGA